AUGGGCCACUGGGAAUGGCUAAAACUCUCCUCAGGUACAAGCUGCGCGGCCUCAUCUCCAUCCGCGGCUAAGAACUGCGCAGCUUCUUCUUCUUCCUCGGCCAAUAGCUGUCUUUUGGAGCAUUUGGAGCAUAUGGGACGUGAGGAGCAUGGAAGGACUUGGUGCAUGGACGCAGCUCAACUGGAUACGCAAAGGAAGAAGGAGGAAGCCAUCUUGAAGACCAGCUCGACCACCUACUCGACCAACCGGUCGAGUUCCUCAACUCGACCGGCCAAGCUUCAACUCGAUCGAGCUGAGAAGUCAAAGUCAAACCCUUAA